AGUUCUGACACGGUGCGAAUGUUCAGCCUCGUCUCUUUGUUUGUCUCCGAGAAACAGGUCUUCUUUUGUCAAGAAUAAAUGAUAAUCCUGUGUGGUCAACUGAAACCUAAUUGAGGACAGCAUCUAACACGGUCUUCUAUCUGCUACAGAGUAGGCCUGUGCAGGCAUGGAGCCCCUGGCAGUGGAUGAUGACAUCUGUAUUCUCAAACAUGAGACAGCCUACACCGCCAUCGGCGAGAGCCCUGUAUCGGUGUGUGCCGGCGAUGAAUCCGUUGCUUCUCACUUCGCCCUGGUCACAGCCUAUGAGGACAUCAAGAAGAGGCUGAGAGACACAGAGCGAGAGAAUACAUUGCUGAGGAAGAGGGUUAAGCAGCUGGAGGAUAAGCUCUUCAGGCCAGAUGCGCCUCCAUCAGAGGGUCCCCAGUAUGUGAACAAGGCCUUCAGUGCUUACCGAGGUAUCUAUAUAGAGAAGGAGGACCUGCAGAUGGAGCUUAACAAACUGAAAAAGGAGAAGAGCGAGAGUGAGAGGUUGCUGACGGAGCAGCUCCAGGCCAAAGAGUUGGAGCUGCUUCAGCUGAGGACGGAGAUGGAGACUAGCCAAGUGAUGAAGAGCUUGAACAGCCCACAGGACUACUGGCAGGUGGACACGGUCAGCACUGAAGUAAAAAUCCACAAACUGCAGGAGGAGCUGGAGAGAGUGACACUGGAAAACAGCAGACUGGUGGAGAGAAGUGGGGAGGAACCCCAUGGCCUUAACGGACCAGACUUGGACCAGACCUGUGACGCAAAGUAUAUUACAAGUGAGAGGAGCAUGCAGCAGAUGUGCCAAGCUUUGCGCGGUGAGGUCACUCGUCUCCAUUCAGAGCUGAAGCACCAAACAGGCCUGAUCAGGAAGCUCAGGCCAUUGAUCGGUGAGACAAGACAAGCUGCCUCAACAGUUCCAAUCCAGUGUUUGGAUGACAUGGAAAAGAACAACCACCCAGUUCCACGAGCACCAGUGCCUCGUCCCCCUAGUGCCCCCCCACUCCCCUCGUGCUCCGGGCGCCCCUGCCCCCCUGUCGGUGGCCCAUCAGGCACCCUGCUGCCCGACAGUCUGAAGGAGGACUGCUGGUACAAUGGGCCCUGGCCCUCGCAGAGCUGUUCAGGAGAGGCUCUGGUUGGGAGCAGUGCCUGCUCUGUCGUCCUGCCCCCGCCUCCCCUGAACCAAGCUUCCCUGGAUGAGAGCUCGAGGUCCUUCCCCAGUCCCCCCAAGCCCAGUGACGCCAUGUUCUGGGAGGGACACUCCGCUGCAUCCAACUCCUCAUGCUCGAUGGGAAACUGUAGUCCCAGGAGCCCUCCCAAUACUGAGUGGACCAAGCCCUAUUGAGAGGAACUUUGAUGGGAGAAUAGAUGAUUAAACAGAGUGUGUAAUUGGAUGAAAAACAGAUGAAUGAAUGGACUCUCCAACCCUGCCACAUAGCUACCACCUAACCUGCCUUAAGUUGAUAAGACCACUCCUCUGGGCUGGACUGGACUGGACCUACUGGUUGUGGGAACUAACUGAACCAGAGGAAGCCUUUUCGAGGUGAAGACUCUGUAAACUUAUUCAUUUCUCUGCACACUGCAUCGGUGAACAUAUCUGACCCUGCAGAGGAAAAGUUGAGGAGGGACCCUCAGUAGAAUCAAUAGUUUGUCCAUGUGUAUGUAUCCUUGUAUGCACAUGUAUAAGUGUGUGCAAGCAUGCACACAAGCAAUUUAAUUUCUGUGUGCAUAUAAACACAUCAAACAGAGUGUGCCUGUGUGUGCAGAUCAGUGUGUGGGCAUCUCUCGCCUGCCUGUAUCUGUAUCUUGUCAUAAUGAACCCAGUAGGGCUCAAAGGGCCUCUUUCUCCAUUCACUGUGGCCAGUUAUCACUAGGGCCACAGUUGGAUACAUAGUGCGAGAAUUUGCAAGACUAUACUCCCUCCAAUAAAAGUCUUUUUACAUUUGAUGGCUGUAAAGCAUACAAGGUAUGUAGUCCCAUGUCUGUCUCAUGAUCAUGUGAGGGAGAUGUCUAGGUACAAGGACUUGAUUUGUUUGUUUCUGUACUGUGAUGGAGACAGACAUAUUGUAACUAUAGGAUAAUCACAGAUUGUUGAUCCAAAUUUUAACAGCUACCAAAUAAAACCUUUUUUCCAAAAUUGUUAUUUUCAUCAGUGCUGAUGGAUCAUUAUCAAAAUAUGGCUGUCAGUCUACCUAUGCUUACCAAAUCAUUUUUGAGAAUGCAGUUACACUAUUUGGAUUUUUGAGGAGAUUGCGUAAUGACUAGCAAAUAAUUUUUAUCUAAAAAUGUAUUGCUUUCUGAAAUAAAACACUUCACCCACACUGGCACCAGAAAAGGUUAAACUGUUUACGAUUUCACAGAAAUUUCACAACUCAUGCAAGCCUCUGUAAACCUGCCUGUUAUCACAUAUUCAAUUUUCUCAGAACUACUAUUAAACAAUACCUGUCAUGUUUUCAUUACCCAAUUGUAAAGGGACAUGUAUAUGUAAGGUUGUGCAAUGUUGGAUGUUUUUCUGUAGGACUUUUAAUUUGAAGGACUGAUGGGAUAGAAUCCAUACACUCCCCUGUAUUCUGGAAACCUGAUUAUGUUGGAAACCUGCUUUUGAACAAUAGGAAAUGUAUCUAAACUCUGUACUGUGCUGAUGUUAAACUAUGACACAUUUGUUUUGCAGUAUGAGAUACGUUGUUGUGUGAAGAGGCAAGUUUCUCUUUGAUUUCUCUUUUUAAAAGUCAGAUGAGUAUAAACUGAACGAUGUACAAAAGAAAACACAUUAUGAGUAGAAUAUAUACAGAAGGAAGAAUGUGCAUAUCUGUAUAAAUGUAAAUGGUGGGCUUCAGUACUCUGCCAAACGCGGUUUUGCACUCCAAACCAUAGGUUUUGGUUUGUUUUGGGUUUUUUUUUUCUCCCCCAACCCCAACACUUGUGAUCUAUAUAAGAGCUGUCUGCAAUGGUGAUAAGACAAUAAGUGUAUUAACCUGAAGAAAUGUGAGCUGUGACUUGAUGAAUAGAUGCACAAAGCCCAAAGGCCUGUGGUCAUUGAAAAGUUUUUGUUUUUCCAUUUUCUUCAUUCUGUUCCAUGAUAACUGUGGUCUUUUAUUUUUAAGAAAUGUUAUUUUACAGCAGUAGUUUCAUACUUCUGUAAACGAUUUGCAAACUAAAAUGCAAUGUACAGUAGAUAUGGAUUAUAUUUUAGAUUUACUGCACUUCAGACUGUUUGUAAAUAUGAUCGAUUAAACGAAUGAAAGGAAGUGACCGUGUGAGGUUGCUGUGUUUCCAUUCAUACUUUUAGCAAUGAGGUUUUGUGGUUCAAUUUAAAAAACUGUAGGCUUUGGUAUAUCAAGCUACUUUACAGUUGAAACUUGCAAUAACUCAGACGUUUUGAGACAUUUACACUUUAAACAUAGUUUAAAGCUAUGGAAACUCAUGAUUGACAUUCGACAUUACUUCAAAACUAAAAUAAAUUUAAAAACUACUUAAAAAGCAACAUGUCCACCUAUAAUUUUACACGGAAGAGCUGCAGACUGAUAUAAUUUCAAUAAUCUUGAUUAAAAAAAGGAAUCCAACCUCAGUCACUUGCCUCAUCACAUCCAUGGAUUACACAUUACUGCUAUCACCAAAGAGAAUGAGAAAAAAACACUAAAGAGCUGGGACCAGCUGAUAUAUUACAAUGAUACCCUAUUACAUUCAGUCACUGACACUUUUCCUCAUAAUUUGUGACCAUUAAGAAAAAUGAUCCAAAUUUGAUUUCUAGUUUUUUAAUUGUUACAAAAAAAAUAAACAACUAAUUAAAUAAAGUGGUCUGACCCUUAAUUAUUGAUUUAAGAAGUUAAUUCAGCUCCAGACUGUUCUGUUAGUGUGGUCUGGCUCAGGCUGAUGUUUAACGCCCUGUCAAUUUAAAAAUACAAAUAAAAUUGAAACAGGAUCCUCUUAACCAAAUAUAUUAAUUAAAUAUAUUGUGCUAAUUAAACCCAAUUACAGGGACCAAUUUAAAUCACAAUUUAAAGAAAUUUCCACCUGCUUUUGAAUGAAGUAGACAGUGUACUGUGUACUAAAGAAAACUGUCAUUGCUCAGGUUCAUGCUCAUCUUACCAAUAACCGUCUGUACAAACAAUUUCAGUCUGGAUUUUCACCCACCUCAUAGCACGGAAACAGCCAUGGUCAAAAUCACAAACGACCUGCUGAUGGCAGUUGAUUCUGGACUAUUCUGGGACUAAAUGGAUGCAAAAAUUAUUCAUAUUUUGUAUAGUUUGCCACUGAUAUACACUUUACUGCCACAGAAUAUUUACAAUGUCACAUUUCAUUGCAUAUGUCACCUGAUCACAUGAUUUUGUAACUGGGUUACAUUGCUUGGUUAGUUGUUAGAGAUGUGUUACAAACAUUGACUUGAAGUCUUUCUGAAUGUUAAUAUGCACCUUCUGAGGAUGCUACUCCACGCCAGGCAGGGGCAACAAGUCAGACACUUCAUUACCACUUGAGUUGUCACUGUAUGUAGAAUAUAAACAUACCACAAAGUAUUCGGCAGACUGCACACUGCCAAAGUGCAGCACUCUUAUCGAUCAAUAAACUCCUUGGUAAAUGUAAUAUAAAUGCAGCUGAUUCAAUCAAGUGAGAAAGAUUCUAAUGCAACAACUGAGGCCAUCAGAUGGAGAACAAAAAAAAAA